CUCAAAACACCGAGUUAACCUUCCAGUUCCCACAGACAGAACCCCACGGGGGAUCAAGCGGCGCCUCGAAAACUCUAAGCUCGUUGCAUGGUUAUGACCAAGGACAGACUAUAUUGACGUCAAUCAAAACGGUUUCAGCCACCCACAUUCCCAAACGCUCGUGCCUCCCGAUCCUGCACUGCCGGCCCACCACAUCAUAAUGGACGCCUCUGUCUCUGCCCCUCGAUCCGCCUCUCGCCCCCGUCCGUCCUCGCGGCCCACAACCCCUCUACGACCCAGCUCGCGGUCAUCGUUUCGCGACGCCCAUGGCUACGGAGGCAGUAUCGGCCACACGGGCUAUUCCGAGCCGGCCAUCAAUGUGCUGGAACCGCAGUUUGCGGAGCUCGCAGACUCCAUGGCAGACCUGGAGGCCAACUUCAUGCACCUCCAGCUAAUGCAUGAGAGUCUGACGCGCUUCAGCGAGAGCUUUGCGAGUUUCCUCUACGGGAUGAAUAUGAACGCGUUCUGUGUGGACUUUCCAAACGCUCCCAUUCCCGAGUCGUUCCGGAGAGCGAAACUAGCAGAGGCACAGAAAGAGGCCGAAGCCGAAGCCGAGUCGCAGGCUCCCCCCGAAGAGACGUUUUUAACCACCGACACCUCCGGCUUCGUCGAACACCCAUCCACCACAAUCUCGACCAAACCUACCCCCCGAUCGACCGGUUACUCGCGCGGGACCACCCGAGGGUCCUCGACACGCGGUGGGCGCUAUACCACUCGAGGCUCCAACCGAGCGCGCCCGAGCGCACUGCCUCGGGGGAGAGGUAUUCGAUGAGCGAUAUGGCCUUGUCAUACAAUCACCGCUGUGGCUGGACGCGUGGCUGGACACUGGGGUAUUUGGUGGAUUAUGGGUACAAUCGCAAAUGCAGGGGACUGCGGGUUACACCAGCGUGUGCAGAUAAUUCCAAGUCAUCGCACGACACGACCCUCCAGCCCAGCAUUCCAAUUUCAAGGACAGCGGCAAUGUGGUACAUCGCCUGAAAGACCUGGGGAUGUGGAAAGCUUCAUCCCGGUCGCACCUCUUGAUUGGGUGACUACGAAGGGGCUAUUUAUGACCGAUAUGGACGAUUCUAGUUAUGAUCAAUGUUUAUUUCUGAUGCUUGUAUGAGGAGUCUAUGAUGGGUAGUCUACGUGUGCAGUUGGAAAGCAAUACUGUAAACUAUACUACAGCACUAGAGAGAGCAUCAAGUGAG